UAUUGCAUCAGAGCCCGGAGCGUGUGGCGUUGACCGUUGUAAUGUGGAGAUAUUUAAUUACUUUAUUUUUUGCGGCUGUUUCAAUAAGCCAUGGCCUCGAGUCGCGUAUUGUGGAUACUGAGCAGGGUCCUGUGAGGGGAUACAAAGAUUCUGAUGUUGGGAUUUUUGCUUUUUAUGGUGUACCUUACGCAAAAGCUCCCACUGGCCGGCAGAGGUUCAAGGCUCCAUUACCAGCAAUAAAGCGGACUGGUAUUUUUGAUGCUGCGACCAAAGAUAUAGCUUGUCCACAAAUGGAUUUUGCUGUUUUAUACAAGCGUUCUCUCCUGAUAACUGAAAAUUGUCUGAUUGCUAAUAUAUACGUACCAGAUACCACUACAAAGAGUCUUCCAGUUGUUGUAUACGUUCAUGGUGGAGGUUAUGUUAUCGGCUUCGGAAAUUUAGCUACCUAUAAUAAUUUAGUCAAAACGAAAGAAGUAAUCGUUGUUACGUUUAACUAUCGCAUUGGAGCUCAUGGCUUCCUAUGCUUGGGUACAGAGGAUAUUCCUGGCAAUGCUGGUAUGAAAGACCAAGUUGCUUUGUUGCGCUGGGUCCAGAAAAAUAUAAAGAAUUUUGGAGGCAAUCCCGAAGAUGUAACGAUCGCCGGCUACAGCGCUGGUUCCUCGUCAGUUGACUUACUUAUGCUAUCUAAAAUGACUAAAGGAUUAUUUACGAAAGUCAUUCCGGAAAGUGGCGCCAAUACGGCGGCUUGGAGUGUUCAAACAGAUCCCAUUGCGGUUGCUAAAGAAUACGCUAGAAGUCUUAACUUUACGAAUGUUGACGAUUUUUAUGCUCUCGAAGAGUUUUAUAAAACCAUUUCACAUGAAAUAUUGUAUUCUGUACUACCUAUAGGCAGAACUGAUGCGACGUUUCUAUUCAGCCCGUGCGUUGAACGAGACACAGAGGGAGAAGAGUUUCUUACUGAUUCUCCAGUAAACAUACUGAAAAAUGGAGACUAUGUGAAGUUACCCAUGCUCUAUGGAUUUGCAAACAUGGAAGGUUUAAUGAAUGAACCUCUAUUUGAAGAAUGGAAAGAUAAAAUGUCCAACAAGUUUUCCGAUUUCUUACCAACUGAUCUGCAAUUUGCUGACGAUGCAGAAAAAGAAGAAGUAGCUAAUACAAUUAGAAAAUUCUACUUUGGUGAUGGUCCUAUUAAUGAUGAAAAAAUCCUGAACUAUAUUGAUUAUUUCUCUGAUAUAUUUUUUGCUUACGCCACUCUGAGGUCUGUGAAACUUCACGUGGAAGCGGGUAAUAAUGAAAUUUAUCUGUAUGAAUAUUCGUUCGUACACGACGACACGCCACCGGUUUCGCAUACGAAUGUCCGCGGAGCCGCACAUUGCAUGCAAUCUGGCGCUAUAGCUGAUGGAAAUUUAACACAUAGUGAUGAGAGUCUCGUAAAUAACGAACUGAAGGAAAUGAAGAAAUUACUGAGAGACCUUUGGUUCAAUUUUGUCAAAACUGGGAGGCCUGUACCCGAAGGAUCAGAUUACCCAGCCUGGCCGCCAGUGGGCGAGGGCUGUUCUCCACACAUGAUCAUUGAUAAGCCUCUGAAGCUCGGAGGCUCGUUGUUAAAGGAACGAACUGCGUUUUUGGACGAGAUCUACGACAAACACUACCGUCAUCCAUCACCACCGCCGAUCCCACCUCUAAAGCGCGAGGACAGUGACAAGAAAAUAAUUAAACUGGAACAAGGGAAAGUACGAGGCCAUUUGGACCCCGAGGGGGGAUUAUAUUCGUUUCACGGGAUACCGUACGCCACGGCCCCCACCGGAAGAAAUAGAUUCAAGGCACCUCUCCCAGCACCAAUAUGGCUAGAAACGUUAGAUGCUACAGACAAAGGAAUAAUUUGUCCUCAGAUAGAUUUUGAAAUAUACCCGGAUUCAUUAAAACAAAUAGAAAAUUGUCUGAUUGCAAAUGUUUUCAUACCUGACACUGACGAGAAAAAUUUACCAGUUGUGGUCUACGUCCAUGGAGGGGCAUUCGUCAUGGGCCAUGGAAACUUAGCCACGUAUAAAAACCUAGUUCGCAGUAAGAAAUUAAUCGCAGUUACAUUCAAUUAUCGUCUUGGAGCUCAUGGAUUUUUAUGCCUUGGUACUGAAGACGUACCUGGAAACGCUGGAAUGAAAGACCAAGUAGCUCUUCUGAGGUGGGUCCAGAGAAACAUUGCGAGGUUCGGCGGCAAUCCUGACGAUGUUACAAUAGCUGGCUAUAGCGCAGGUUCUGCAUCUGUAGACUUAUUGAUGGUUUCCAAAAGUGCUCAAGGUCUUUUCCAUAAAGUCAUACCAGAAAGUGGAUCGAGUACAGCAAUAUUUGCCGUUCAACUAGAUCCUAUUGCGAAUGCGAAAAGGUACGCGAGAUUUUUAAAUUUUACAGAUGUGAACAAUUUUGGCGCUUUAGUGGAAUUCUACCAAACUGUUCCAUAUGAUGUGCUCAAUUCAGUUAGUCGAAACGAUUUUUUUAGUGGAUACGAUUUUGCAUUACUCUUGUCUCCAUGUAUCGAACGCAAAACUAGCGAAGAACCUUUCCUAACAGAUCAACCAGUAGAUCUUAUAAAAAGUGGAAAUUAUAAAAAGCUACCAAUGCUAUAUGGAUUUGCGAAGAUGGAGGGUCUCUAUCGUGUUGCUGUAUUCGACCAAUGGCGUAAAGAAAUGUCCGAAGACUUUGCAAAGUUUCUACCAGAUGAUUUACAAUUUGAAAAUAUGAACGAAAAAGUGGCUAUAGCGAAAAAGAUCAAAGAGUUUUAUUUUGGAAAUAAGCCGAUUGAUGGCGAUCAAAUAAUUAAUUACAUUAAUUACUUUACCGACGUUAUAUUUGCGUAUCCAACUAUGAGAGCUAUAAAACUGUACUAUGAAGCUGGGCAUAGGAGUAUAUAUCUGUAUGAAUAUUCCUUUGUUCACGACGACGAUCCUAUUAUCCCUUACGCUAACAUUCGCGGCGCAGAUCAUUGUGCUCAAACAAAUGCCGUCAUGGAUGGUCUAAACAUAACGUACCAUUCGGAACUGUCUAUAUCUAAUGAUUUUAAGGAUAUGAAAAAAAUAAUGCGAGAGAUUUGGACAAAUUUCAUAACUACAGGCGAACCAGUGCCCAAAGGAUCGGAAUUACCAGCCUGGCCUCCAGUAGACAACGAUGGGUCUCCGCACAUGGUGCUCAAUUUGCCCUUAGAACUAAAAGGGCCUUUACAUAAAGAGCGCACUCAAUUAUGGGAAGAGAUUUACAGCAAGUACUAUCGUUAUGCUUCCCCGCCUUCACCACCUGUAGGACAUACAGAACUUUAAACUAAUAACUGAACUUUAA